GGACUCUGGCUGUGUUACUGUGUUGCUGCGGUCUCAGUCUAACGCUGCCUGUUGCUGUCGUGUUUGUUUGCAGUGUUCCUGCGAAGCCACAAGAGUCUGGAGUCUGUUGAUCCUCAGUUCACCAUGAGGAGAAAGAUGGAGCAGCUGCGAGAGGAGCUGGAGCUCAUGGAGCAACUGCGAGACAGCAUCGAGAGCAGACUGAAGGUCGCCCUUCCUGAAGACCUCGGGUCCUCUCUGAUGGACGGCGUCGUGCUCUGCCAUCUGGCCAAUCACAUUCGGCCACGCUCUGUUGGCAGCAUCCACGUGCCCUCGCCUGCAGUGCCCAAACUCAGCAUGGCCAAGUGUCGGAGAAAUGUGGAGAACUUCCUGGACGCCUGCAGGAAGAUUGGUGUACCAGAGUCUUCCCUCUGUUCGCCUUAUGACAUCAUCCAGUGCCGCCUGCAGCCGGUUUGUGCCACAGUUCAGGCACUGGCUGCCUUGGAUGCGACAUCUCUGCACAGGAAACAGGCAAUCUCGACUCCAAACCCCACCUCCUCUGGGGUGUCAGAGACUCCCUCAUUGGUUUCUGUAACCACCCAAACCCCGCCUCCCGCAUGGCAAAUCUGGGACCUUAUUGGCUCAAGCCUGCUUCACAUCCUCUGCCUAGUUCUGCUGUUUGUGGCCUAUAGCUGGAGCGAGCUAACGUAACCGUGACAAAAGGCUUCUGUCAGUCACCUGCAGGCCCUGCCCUCUUUCUGCCCUGACCACACCCCCUUUUUAUUUGCUGCAUUUUGUCACAUGGGAAAAAAAUCACACUCCAAAUUAAACUUUAUGUGGAAAUGUUUUGUUGUUAACAUUUCUGUAAGCUCAUCAAUGUUCACUGAACAUCAACACAGAGGAUCACAGUGAUGUAAAGAGGGACUAAACCCAAAACAUAUUUGUUACUCGUCUCAGAUAAAAUACAAAAGUACUUUUAAUUUUGUCAAUAGUUGCAGCAUUUCCUCAAAACAUCAGCCUCAAUGAUGAAAAGAGCAGAAGCUGCUUAUAUUUUUAAAUGUUUGGGAGAGAACUUGUAGUUAAGAUGAUUUAUUAAGACAAUGAUAUUUGAUCAUGAUCCCAUUUUAAAUAUCAAGACAAUCCUGUUUCCACAAAAGUUGCUGAGUAAAAUGCAAAUAUUAACAAAAUGUGAUGAUGUAGCACAAAGUCAACUUAUCUAAUGAAAUGAACCUAGGAAACUGUAUGGUUUUUGGAAAAUUAUAUAUCCAUUUCAGAAUCACCUUUAAUGGCCUGAGAUGUGUACACAUACACACCGGUUUUAUAUUACUCUCAGUAUACAUACAAAAAACAUUACCUGCAUUAACAAACAGGACAACAAGCUGAACAACAGACUACAAAGAAAGUAAACAUGUACACACAACCAUAGACAAAAAAAACAUUUGUAGACAGCAGAUUUGUAGUGAGAUAGUGCAAAGGAUGCUGGAAUAAAUAAAUAUUUCUGUGCAGUAAUUAUGCAAUACUUUAUGUACAUUAUACAAUAUUAUUAUGUACAUGAGGCAGGUGGAUGAUAUAUAUGCCUUAUGUACAAUAUGAACAGCUACUAAUUUGCAGGUGGAUGUUAGAGUCACCAGGUUAUUGUAUACUGUUCUGUAGCACCUACCUUUGAAUUUGAUGCCAGAAACACAAAAAGUUGGGACAGAACAAAAGAAUGGAAAAGUUGUGAAAUGCUAAAAGAAAUCGCCUGGUGGAACAUCUCGCAAUUGAUCAGUUAGUAAGAUGAUAGGGUGUAAAGAGAGCAUCCCAGUCUUUCUGAAGUAAAGAUGUGGAGGGAUUCACCACUCAACAAUUUAAGAAUCAUGUAUCUCAAUGUAAAAUUGCAAAGAAUCUUGCCGGAAUCAUUAUUUAUUAUUAUACAAGAUUUAGAGAAUCAGAAAAAAUCUCUACAUGCAAGGGUCAGGGCUGAAAACUAAUACUGGAUGGCCGUGGCCUUUGGGCACUCUUUGGGAUUCUUUAUUGGACAUCACUGAGCAACACUUCCAAAAACACUUCAUCGUCUCUGAACACAGCUCAUCGCUGCGUUCACAAAUGCAAGCUGAAACUCUACCAUGCAAAGACGUAUAUAAAGCAGAUCCCUUUUAGUAUUUCACAACUUUUCCAGUCUUUUGUUGCCAGUGGUCCAACUUUUUUAGAAAAUUGUUGCUGGCAUCAAAUUCAAAAUGGGCGUAUAAUAUUAUUCAAUCAACAAUAACAUUUCUCAGUUUCAGCAUUUGAUAAGUUGUCUUAGUGCUAUUUUCUAUUAAAUAUGUGUUUUCGAUGUUUUGAUCCCUGCGAUGGACCUGUCCAGGGUGUACCACGCUUUCGCCCGAUGUGAGCUGGGAUUGGCUCCGGCCCACCACGACGCAGGAUAAGCGGUUGAUGAUGGAUGGAUGGUGUCGAUGUUUUGCAUAACAUCACAUUUUUUUUCUAUUUACCUUUUACACAGCGUGCCAACUUUUUUGGAAACAGGUAGAUGUAGAUCAGAUAAAAACGGAUCCUUCUCAGUUUUCCACACAUCAUUUAUGUGUGUUUGAGGCUUUUGUACCGUUUCUCUGGAACUGUGGUUUUGACCUGCGAUUGGGAGAUGAAGUGAUGAUAUGAAUACUGUGAAUAAAGUUAAAAAGAGUUCUUCUUUUACACAUCAGUCCUCAAGAUAGCUGGCCUGCAUUCAGAGCUGUGUACUGGCGCUUCCCACAGACACACACACCGGUAGAUUCUCUCGUACGAAACGCCCCACCCACACAGAAACUCUUUAAGGGUACAUAAACGCUCUUCUACAGGCUGUCAAAGCUCCACCAGACUCCCUGUCUUUGUAGUGGCUCUGACUAUAAGAGG